AUGACUAAACCUGCGGAUCCGAAGGAUACUCGCCGACCACCAAAAGUGGUCAUCACCCAGCCGUCUUCUAAUGAUCUGAUGCCACGUGUCUCCAUCGACACCAUCGACUCCUAUCAUCGCGACGUGUCUAAAUCGAAGUGCUGUACAAUUUUGUGA